CAGCAGUCACUCAAGAGCAUGGAAAGGGAAGUAGCUAGGGGAAGGAUGCAGCCUUCUGAAUAUCAUAAGAGAAAAGCUGACAUGAUGGAAUCUUUGGCUUUUGGUGUAGAUGAUGGAAAAACAAAGACCUCAGGAGUCAUUGAAGCACUGUGCAGGUACUAUCAAAAUGAAAUCAAAGAUAUAAAGCAUGUAUGGCUUUCUACAGGAGUGGAUCACUUCCACUCAUCUUUGGGAGACAGAGGUUGGGGUUGUGGCUACAGGAACUUUCAAAUGCUGCUUUCUUCGUUAUUGAAGAAUGACAUGUAUAACGAUUGUUUAAAAGAUAUUACUUUGAUUCCUUGUAUUCCAAAAAUUCAGUCCAUGAUUGAAGAUGCUUGGAAAGAAGGUUUUGAUCCUCAGGGAGCAUCUCACUUCAGUAACAGAUUACAUGGAACCAAGGCAUGGAUAGGAGCAUGUGAAAUUUAUUCUCUGUUAACUAGUCUCAGAUUAAAGUGUCAAAUUAUUGACUUUCACAAGCCAACUGGCCCUUUGGGUACACACCCUCGCUUAUUUGAAUGGGUUUUGAGCUACUAUUCUUCAAACAGAGAAGGUGGUACAAAAGUAGUGUGUACUCCCAAACCACCUAUCUACAUACAGCAUCAAGGACAUAGCCGUACUAUUGUUGGAAUAGAAGAGAGGAAGAACAGAACAUUAUGUUUACUAAUAUUUGACCCAGGAUGUCCGUCCCAAGAAGUGCAGAAAUUGUUAAAACAAAGCAGUGAUGAUACCAGUCCCAAACUAUUUCGGAAAUUUGUGGGUAGCUUAAAAAAUAAGCAGUACCAAAUAGUGGCUAUAGAUGGCGUGCUCUCACCAGAUGAGAAAGUUGUAAGUAUUCCUGCAAAGUUCCUGUAUACAUAAUAACAGCUUUAUAUUCAUGUACAUAAUGCUUUACAUGUAUCCAGCAUUUUCUCCAAAAGAAUACUGAGCUCCUCAGAAACAAUACCACAUCCAAUUAAUACUGUAAAGGGCAUUUAAUUCAGGGUGGAUUGAUUUAAAUCACCAAAAAAUGUAUUUUAAAACAUUACCAAAAAAGCCAAGACAGAUUGUGCUUAUAGCACACUUCAUU